AUGGGGGCGCCCCCCGCACGCGCCGCCCGCGGACGCUCGGAGACAGCAGCGCGCCCAGCUGACGCUCACCAGCAGUGGCGACGCCGCCCGCCCGCAGCUGCCGCGCCGGCGGCUGCGCGCCGCCUGACUGCGGUUUCCGACGCCGACGCCGGCACCGACCGACGUCGCCGCCACCGCCGAAGCCAUAAGGUAGAUCCGGCUUUGCGCUUGCGCCGCUGCGCCGCCGCACCUGUCCGCCCGCCGCCGCUAGGCGCGGCCCCCCACCCCGCGAAAGCGUCACACCGCGGCAGCCCGCUCAGGAAGCCGCUUUGCACGCCGGCGACCUCCCUGCGCGCGCCUCCUAUGCCCCACUCGCCUGCCGGCCUCGAAGCGCCCUCCGCCCUCGCGCGCCCAGCACCGCGGCCUCUCCACCACCCUAGCCGAUUCCACCCUGUCCUGUCACCAUCCACCACCUUACAAGCCCUCGUCCUCAUGCCAUCACAUCGCCCCCUCUCACCCAUCGCCCCUCCCCUCGCCUCCUCCACCCCAUCGCCCCCCUCCACCCAUCGCCCCCCCUCCAACCAUCGCCCCCUCCAACUCAUCGCCCCCCUCCAACCCAUCGCCCCCUCCAACCCAUCGCCCCCCUCCAACCCAUCGCCCCCCUCCAACCCAUCGCCCCCCUCCAACCUCGCCCCUCCAACCCAUCGCCCCCUCCCCCAUCGCCCCCUCACCCCAUCGCCCCUCACACCAUCGCCCCCCUCCACCCCAUCGCCCCUCCACCCAUCGCCCCCACCCCAUCCCCCCCACCCCAUCGCCCCCUCCACCCACAUCGCCCCCUCCACCCCAUCGCCCCCUUCCACCCCAUCGCCCCCUCCACCCCAUCGCCCCCUUCCACCCAUCGCCUUCACCCCUCGCCCCCUUCACCCCAUCGCCCCCUUCACUCCAUCGCCCCCUCCGCCUCAACGCCCCUCCGCACACACACACACACAUGGUAAUGCACGAGAGCCUUUAUAUCCUGGUAUUGCUGGUGCUAAACAUUUUCGAGGCUCGGUUCGAAGUACCGCGGAAUCAAAUCACGCCACGGGCAUCGACGAUCGAUGGUGCUAUAUGAAUUAUCAAACUGAAGAAAGAUCAUUGUGCAGAUUGGGAGAUAUACAGAAUUUUGAGGUAGAAGAAAAAUAUAAACUUGAAAGUUCGUUACAUAAACAAGUUAAUCAGAAACCUUCUCGAAAGGAAAAUUUCAAAGCGCAGUCAAGGGGAAGAGUACCUCGCCUGCCUUGCGCGGGAUGGAUCUGCAGUUCAGCGAAAUCUUCAGAGAUUGCUGCUUAA